CACAGACUGGGUCAUUGCCCCAAGCGCAAAGAUGAAACCUCCUGAAAUGAAUUUACAAUAAAAAUGCCCUCAUUGUCAUUGUCAUUCAGCUGAGCCUCCAUUCCUCGCUAGCAAAGUAGUAGUAUUAGAUUUAGAGCAGAAACAAAAGAGAGCAAGGAAGGACGUUCCACAUUCAAGCUAUUAUGCGCUGGAGUUGGUUCACCGAUCAUUUCUUUAAUAAAAGAAAGCAAAGAGAGAGAGCGUUUUAUGAGAAUGGAAGCCUGUUACUUGAGAAGUUGAUUGCCUCUUGCAAUGCCAAGCCUAUUCCCAUCCCUACCUUCUCCGCUCAACAGCUCUGCCAAGCAACCAACAACUUUUCUUCUGAAAAGCUAGUAAUGGGGUUCUCUUUUUGGUACAAGGGUUCUCUCGAAGGACGAAUUGUUCUCGUUAAGGGUUCUUUUGUUCGCAAUGCCAAGCUUAUUCCCAUCUAUACCAUCUCCCCUCAAGAACUCCGCCAAGCAACCAACAAUUAUCCUGCUCAACAUCAGGAAUUUUAUUGGUACAAAGGUUCUCUUGAAGGACGAAUUGUUCUCAUUAAGCAUUUAGAUAAUUUGGCCUAUAUAGCCAUCAAUGAUUUAGUGAUUUCUGCACAAAUGAGUGGUCACAGCAAUGUAUUAAAGCCCAUAGGUUGUUGUCUCCACACUCGAAUUCCCAUUUUGGUGUUUGAAUUUGCCGCCAAUGGUUUACUUGCAGAUCGAAUUUAUGUCUCCCGUGUUACUGAACUACAACAUGAGCCGAUGGUGUGGGAGAGAAGGUUAAAGAUUGCAAGGCAGAUUGCUCAUGCUCUUUCUUAUCUCCAUACUGCCUUCACUAGACCUGUCAUCUACAUGGCUACGGAUCUGCAUAGUAUCUUAUUAGAUGAACAUGAUGUUCCUAAAUUUUCUGGCUUUUAUUUUUCUGUAUCAAUUCCCGAAGGUAGUUGCAUAAACGAGAUUGUGGACCCUGCAAUCUUGGCUGAAGAUGGGGAAGGAUGUGCUAGUUUUGAGCAUCAAUUACAAGCGGUGGUGGACCUUGGCUUGGCAUGUACAGAGGAAGAUCCACAAAGAAGGCCAACCAUGGUUGAUGUCACCAAACAUCUCAGGCGAAUUGAGAGGCAUGACAACAAACAAAAUUUACUCACUUGA